GAUCUAUCCUUUAAAUUAGGCCAUGUAUCUAACAGAAGAAUUCAGUGAACAGAGCAUCUGCCAAGCACGGGCCUCGGUUAUGGUCUAUGAUGAUUCAAGCAAAAAGUGGGUCCCAGCCAAACCUGGACAACAAGGGUUCAGCAGGGUCAACAUCUAUCACAACACCUCUAAUAAUACCUUCAGAGUUGUUGGACUGAAACUACAGGACCAACAAGUAGUCAUAAACUAUUCCAUCGUGAAGGGACUGAAGUACAAUCAGGCUACACCUACUUUCCACCAAUGGCGAGAUGCUCGACAGGUCUACGGGUUAAACUUUGCAAGCAAGGAGGAAGCCACAACCUUUUCCAAUGCAAUGGUGUACGCUUUAAAUGUGCUGAACUCACAAGAUGGAGGUCCAACUGUGCAACGCCAAGCUCAAGUUCAGAAUGGGCCUCCCCCUGAAGAUCAGGAAGCACAGAGAAGGCAACUAAUGGAACAACGGCAUGAACAGAUGGAGAGAGAACGACGGGCUUCCGUAUCUGUUUCUACCCUUCAGAUCAAAGUUGUCCCCUCCCCUUGCCAUAGCCAAUCUCCUCCACCUGAAUACAGUAAUUGCAGUGUGAUUGUAUCUGCUGGUGCUGCCCCUCCUCCAUCUUAUGCCAGAGCUACAUCCUUUGAUUCUAUAGCUUCCUCUAAAGCAGUUUUUGCUGAUGAUUCCUGCCAGUUACCAUCCAGCAGUGCAGAUACUGAAUCUGUACCUCUUAGAGCCUCUGCAUCACAAUUAUCCGCUUCCCUAAGUUCUGCGUUUUCUCCUGUGCAACCAAACCGUGGGACCAUGGGCCAGCGUGUUAAGCUAAACCCAUUAUCCCCUCCUUCUGCUCCCUCGCACCCUCCACCUUUGCUUCCUAAACCUGUCUGUCAUUCAUCUGCUACAUUUUCUCCUCUACCUCCAUCUCCUCCUGUAAUGAUCACCUCUCCUCCCCACAGGGCUGUUGGACCACAGCCUAUAAUUCCAGUUGCUCUUCCUGUUAUUCAUGUGCGUGAUGGCAAGAUUAAAAGACCUAUGGAUUCUGUGGUCCAGGUCGCUCUAUCUGAUGCAAACCAGAAUGGUCAAGAUGAAGAUAAUUUUCUAACAACUCACCUGGCCUCCUCCAGAUCUCCAAUAAAAAAUACAGAGGGCUCUUUCACAUUUCCUUUAGAAUCUACCCCUGUAUCUCAGGUGUCAGCCUUAAGUAGUCCUUCCAAUUCUCAAAUCCAUCCUCAGCUACCAUCUUCAUGUCCACUCCCUGCACAGCAGCUUUACAAGACAACCUCACACUUCAUUACAUCUCCUCCAUUUUAUGCUGCUUUCUCUGAGUCAGCAGUGUCCAAGAAGAUUCCAUCUCCCAUGACAUCAGUUACUUCAACUGCCAUUACCCAGUCGGUUCCCUCUGCUCCUCCUGGAGGACCCCCAACGCAACCUACAUGCCCCCCGCCACCUCCUGCUGGUGGUCCCCCACCACCUCCACCGCCACCAGGGCCUCCACCAGCGCCUGGAGGUGGACCACCUCCUCCUCCUCCAUUGCCAGCUUGUGGAAGCCCUGGAGCUAGAGGGGAUGAUGGACCUUCUGCUUCAGGUCUAGCAGCAGCACUCGCUGGAGCCAAACUGAGGAAAACUAGCCGGCCUGAAGAAGGUUCGGGAAGUUCAAGUCCUGGGGGAGCUUCGAAGAGUGAAGCCAAUCGAAACAGCUGUGGGGCAGCAGCAACUGGGGGAGGGGGAGGAGGAGGACUGAUGGAUGAAAUGAAUAAACUACUGGCAAAACGAAGGAAAGCUGCCCAACAAACAGAUAAAGUAGGCGACAAAAAAGAGGAGGAAAGCCAGAAUGAGGAUGCAAGCUCUUCACCUUCACCCAGUACACGAGGUCCUGGUCUGCAAAAUUCAACAGAUACUGGUAAAAAGCCAUGGGAAAGGACCAACUCUGCCGAAAAGCCAGGAACUCUCUCAAGAAAUGCAUUCAUGACGAAGAGUCCUGAAGCUAAGAAUGCUGUGCAGUCUCAUCUUUCAUCUUCUAGACUGAAACCAGGGAGCGGCACCAGUAACGAUGUGGUCACAGAUGCCUUAGAUUUUGAUCGAUUGAAGCAGGAAAUACUGGAGGAAGUCGUAAAGGAGUUGCACAAGGUGAAGGAAGAGAUUAUUGAUGCCAUUAGACAAGAAUUGAGCAGAAUCAGUACAACGUAAUAAAUUUUGCACUUGGGAAUGUGGGAAGUAUUCAAAGGGAUCUGGGAAGAUGAGAGACAGCUGCGUGGAGGAUUGUGUGGAAGAUGACUAGGAGAGAAGCUAUGCACUGAAUGUCAUGGUCGCUUUUAAACCCUUCAUUGAUUAGUGGACUCAAUAUGCGCUGCUGCUUACUGCCUUGGAUCUGCUUCACAUGAAAAGUCUUAAUAAUUCUCCAAAACAACAAAAAACUUUCAAUAAUUUUAAUACUUGUGGAUCUUAUUUUCUAGGUUUUACAAAAAAAUUGCACAUCUGUUUUAUGUUAGCCUUUGUAAUUUUUUAUUAGCUUAUUUAAAGGUUUACAUUACUUCUAGAUUAUGUUUUUAGAUAAGAGCUUAUAAGCACACACACACACAUAUUUUGCUUUUAGUAGGAUAAAAGUUCAGUUAUUUCUACCUUAAGACGUUACACAGUAUUUUUGACUCUGUAUUGAAAAUUCUUUGCCAACAAAGAGAUCCUUGUAGCAUCACUGAAAAGGCGGAAACUUGUAAAAGUUGUGAUAUGACAAUGACAAUGGUAACUGAUUUCUCAACAAAUCUUUCAAACCUUAUUAAAACAAGGUACAUCAAU